GACCCUUCCGCUGAUGUCGAGCCAUUGAAGGUGCAACUUCGUGCUGACGCUCAGCCCUAUCGCAGCGGUACUCGCAAGUAUCCCGAGUUGCAGCGCAAGUUCCUUCGCGACUUUGUGCGUGAGCUGGAGCGACAUGGGCUGGUACGUCGCAACAACGCGAGUCAUUGGGCGUGCCCAGCACUUCCGGUCAAGAAGCCACAUAGCAAUGAGUAUCGCUGCACGACCGACACAGUGCCGUUGGCAGGAGCGACGCCGAAUCUGUCGACAGCGACGCAGAGUGUCAAGGGGGCCUACGGCUUUGGUUUGUACGACCUCUUUAAGGGCUUUUGGCAGUUGCCUUUAGACCCGGAGAGCCAGGAGCUGUUUAGUUUC